AUGAGCGUCUUCGCAGCUGUAAAAUCAAAGAUCCAGCUUUGUUCUGGAAUUUUCUCUUCACCAGCUCGUGUUGAAGCUUUCUUAAAGAAAUUUGGAUCUAAAUACCUUUUCAGGCAAAAUCCAGGGCCACCAGGGUCAAACUUAUCAAGCAUAUACGUAUGUGAAUGUCCGGAGAAUGAGUUUCCUGAAUCAUUUAAGGAGUCAUCUUCCCAUAGCCACUCAUCAGAUAAUAUUGUCUGUCAAGAAGAAAAGCCAGAAGCUACUGUUGAUUGUACAAUAGAUACUAAAGCUUUCCUAGGCUGGAUAGUUGAAGACAAGCUAUGGACAAAUGAUGAUGAGACAUGUACUGAUGAAAUGACCUAUGUAAAUCUGCAACUGAAUCCUGAAGGCUACACUGGCUAUACUGGUCCAUCUGCUAGAAGAAUUUGGGAUGCUAUUUACAUAGAGAAUUGUCCCAAAUAUCCAUUUGGAGAGUGCCAAGAGAAAAGAAUAUUGUACAAGUUGAUAUCUGGUCUUCACCCCUCCAUUUUAAUCCACAUAGCCGCUGAUCACCUGCAAUUGGAACCUCAGUCAUGUUCCACGCUUUAA